AUGACUCGGCAUGCAAAGAACAGAAAGAACAUAUCCAAGAAGCCUUCUCUCACACAUUUUCUCUGCAUUCCACUUGUAAACUCGCUUUCUCAGCCUCAAUUAGAAGCCAGUAUUGGAAAGUUCAAGGAACAUGUGUGUUCCACCGGUCCAGUUGAGGCUGGAGAAGGACCAUCGCCCAUGAUACCAGCAAAAGCAAUCCGACCCUUGGGUUCUUUACACUUGACCCUUGGAGUCAUGAGUCUAGAUGAGGAAAAGCUAGCCCAAGCUACUACCCUUCUCCAAUCUCUCCAUUUGAACAAGUUGCUCCAUGAAGCAUCCACCUGUACCGAACCACACAGCAUCACAAACGCCACUCAAGCGCCAGAUCAUGCACCUUCGAAUUCCUCGGAUACGAACCAAAACGUGUUACCCGACCUCCUCAACAACCCUCUAACCAUCUCCCUCGAAUCUCUUGAACCGAUGCAAUCCCCAUCCAAAACAAGUAUCCUUUACAUACGUCCCGAAGAUCCAACAAACCGCCUCCAAAUAUUAUGUCAAGCACUACGAAAAAAGCUCACAGACGCCGGAUUGUUGGUCCCGGACAUACGGCCGUUAAGACUGCAUGCUACGCUCGUGAACACAAUAUACGUCAAAGGACGGAAGAAGAGCAAGAAACAAAAGUCCGAAGUCAUAAAGCCUGAGCAAGACGAAAACAAUGCUACAGAGCCAGUAGACCAACCGCCCUCGAUGCAAAUCGCCGAGGAAGAGGACAAUAAGACAGAGGACCCAGAGAAAAAGGAAAGCGAAAACACCUUGCAAGCCAAUCAAGCUUCCUCAGGUCACGGCCCAUCAGCAAAGUCAUCUUUGUACAUCGACGCCACGUCCCUCAUCUCUACCUACGCAUCUCACAUCUGGGCUUCUGGGGUCCCUAUCACGAAGAUUGCCAUCUGUGAAAUGGGUGUCAAAAAGCAGCUUUCCUCGACCGGAGAAGUCAUUGGAGAAGCUUACAAGGAAGUGGCUGUCAGAGAGAUCUCGGAGGCAUGA